CUCGUACGAGUCAGUAGCGUUCAAACGAUCGGAGAGGAACGUAGUCUUCUACACCGCUAGUUGGCGCACGCAGCUCCUUCGGUGUGUUGUUGUUUACACGAGGGACCGUGAAAUCGAGACUUAAAGCUACCGACAUGUCUCGUGCAGUUUUGGGGGGCCGAGCAUGCGUGCUCGUCUUGUUCGUCGCGGUGCUCUCGUCGACCGAGCAGAUUGGCCAGUGUCAGCGGCUAACUGGAAUUUACGUCGACAACGGAAUGGGCCAGACCGUCGCGCACCGCGUGAGCUCUCGGAGGGAAACGCGCGACAUAGCUCGAGACAUCCUCGACAUGCUUCGACUUCCAGCAGUGCCGGCAAGGGCAGCGCGUUUCCGCAACGAUUCGAUCGAGAGCAGUGGCCCGGCUUCCCGCUACAUUCAGGACGUCUACAGGUACACUCUCAACCAGGAUGGAGCUGGGCUGCGCUUCGAGAACGCGCAAGUACUCAAGGACAGCGACGUCGUCGUGAGCUACGCAGCGGCGACGACGAGCAAUCGCGCGGACAAGGAGGACAUCCUGCUGCAGUUCGACUUGUCGGAGACGCCCAAAGAGAUCGAGUCCGUUAUCGGCGCCCGAUUGCGCCUGCACCUCGGGACUCGGGAAGGCAACUCGGUCGCCUCGGUGCACGCGUGGAUGAAUUUGAAGAACGCGACGAGCCAGCAGAAACAGCGACAGAAGAGAAGGAUUCGACUGGUCGACUCGGUGGAGGUGAGCGACGCCGUCGAGGGCUGGAUCGAGCUGGACGCGACCGAAGCGCUGCGCUACUGGCUGUCGAGGGGCGACAAGGCGGCUAGCCUCCGGCUGUCGGUCGCUGUCGCCGAGGGCCGAAGCGGGAAGCUGCUGGAGGAGCCCUUCCUCGUGGGCUACUUCAAGAGCGGUUCGAGACUGCAGCAGGCGGGGGUAGCGGCAGCGGUCGCGAGGAGAUGGAAGCGGAGCAGCGGCGAGCUGUGGCCGUACAGCAGGAAAGCCGUGUACAGCAAGAAGCCUUCGUCAGGCCAGUGCUUGCUGCACACGCUGUACGUGCGCUUCCGCGAGCUCGAGUUCGACAGGAUGAUCGUCGCGCCGGACGGCUACGACGCGCAGUUCUGCGCGGGCGAGUGCCACUUCCCCCUGAGCGACCACCACAACGCGACGAACCACGCGAUCAUCCAGACCCUCGUGCACUUUCUGCAGCCGGGCCGAGUGCCCCAGGCCUGCUGCGUGCCCACGCAGCUCGACCCCAUGACCGUCAUUUACUCGCGCGACGGGCGCAACCACGUCCUCAAGAGAUACCACAACAUGAUCAUCAGGGGCUGCGGCUGUCACUGACGGCCCCGACGGCUUAUAGGACAUUUGACAUCUGACUUGCACGCACGUUGUAAAUAGUAGAGUAUUUUUGUAAAUAAAGUUUUGUUGAAAAGUCA